AUGCUCCAAGACCGAGCAAAUCCAGGACGUCCUCCACGAGGAGCAACGUCGAGUAAGCUCAACGACCGACGUGUUCGAAGUGCUCUGGUCAGGUAUCGUGACGAGUCGCUCAGGGAGCUAUUAGAUUUCUCCGCUGAAGAUUUAACCGCCGAUUUAAAAAAGGUUAGAGAGGACACCCAGUGGGAACACUGCUCCUACUCGCCACUGAUAGCCCGCGCAGUUAAAUUCAAGAAUCGUAGUGAACGUCAGCGGUUGGAGGUGAUUCAGCUCGCGCUGGAUCGUCAGCUUGAGCGAAGGCUAAGAUGCAUUGAGCUGGAUCGAAUCGGGCUCACUGAUUGGUGGCUCAAGGUCACAGUCCGACCUCGAACGGCAAAUGUACCCCCUCAGAGACUGGUGUCGAGGUCGCAGAGACCAGGGCAGGGGAUCCGCGACUUAGGGAAAUUGUAA